GGAAUGGUGAGUGGAAUGGAAUGAAACAGGAAAUGGCAGGAAGUCUUUUGAAGACAUCAUCUAUGUCUGUAAGAACAAAACUGCUGCAGAAAACAGGAGUGUCACUUUAUAACACGUCUCAUGGCUUCCAUGAGGAAGAGGUUAAAAAACAGCUGCAGCAGUUUCCCGGUGGAUCCGUUGACCUUCAGAAGGAAGACAGUGGCAUUGGCAUUCUUACUCUGAACAAUCCGAGUAAAAUGAAUGCCUUCUCAGGUGUUAUGAUGCUACAACUUUUGGAAAGAGUGAUUGAACUGGAAAAUUGGACAGAAGGGAAAGGUCUCAUUGUCCGUGGGGCAAAAAAUACUUUCUCCUCAGGAUCUGAUCUGAAUGCUGUGAAAGCACUAGGAACUCCAGAGGCAGGAGUGGCCUUAUGUAUGUUCAUGCAAAACACCUUAACAAGACUUAUGAGACUUCCUUUAGUCAGCGUUGCGCUGGUUGAAGGCUGGGCGCUGGGUGGAGGAGCGGAACUUACCACAGCAUGCGACUUCAGAUUAAUGACGACGGAGAGCGAGAUCAGAUUUGUCCACAAGGAAAUGGGAAUAGUACCAAGCUGGGGCGGAGCUGUCCGGCUGGUUGAGAUAAUUGGCAGCAGACAAGCUCUUAAAGUGUUAACCGGGGCCCUCAAACUGGAUUCAAAAAAAGCUUUAGACAUAGGAAUGGUUGAAGAGGUCUUGCAGUCUUCAGAUGAAACUCAAUCUCUAGAAGCAGCACAAGAGUGGCUAAAGCAGUUUAUCAAAGGGCCACCAGAAGUAAUCAGAGCUUUGAAAAAAUCUGUUUCUUCAGGCAAAGAGCUUUGUUUAGAGGAGGCAUUACAGACCGAAAGAGAUCUUGUAGGAACACUUUGGGGUGGACCUGCAAAUUUAGAGGCUAUUGCUAGGAAAGGAAAAUUUAAUAAGUAGUUUUUUAAAAUAUGAUGUACUACCAGUAAAACUCCAAUGUAAUCAUUGUAAUCAUGUGUAUAAAAGUUAAAUGAUAUUAAAUAGGAACGGCAGAAUUACUUUGAAGGCUACCACUGUUAUUUGGGUUUUUAAUAAUUUUUUGAAUAGCUGAAUUCAUUGGCCUAGUUUUCAGUAUAUUUGGGUAUUUACCAAGUAAUCUGGAACGUUUGGCUAAAAUAUACAAAACUUUUGGCUUAAAAAUUAUUGUUAUCAAUUCUCAAAUUCCCAUAAUAGUUCUUAGCCUAUAUCCAAAGAUCACUUUUUAAAAGGAAAACUUCUAUACAAAACCUAUUCCUGGGGUUAUCCUUCAUAGUCUUUCUUUGUCUUACCUGGAAAUAACUUA